CUGCUUCUCGAAGUUGAGAUAUCCUGCAUUCGCCAAUCAAGCAUCAUGUCUGGUCGUGGCAAGGGUGGCAAAGUCAAGGGAAAGGCAAAGUCUCGCUCUAAUAGAGCGGGAUUACAGUUUCCCGUUGGACGUAUUCAUCGUCUGUUGAGGAAAGGAAAUUACGCCGAGCGUGUCGGUGCUGGUGCUCCGGUUUACCUGGCUGCGGUUAUGGAAUAUCUUGCUGCUGAAGUUUUGGAGUUGGCUGGAAACGCGGCCCGUGAUAACAAGAAGACGAGAAUCAUCCCUCGUCAUUUGCAACUUGCCAUCCGCAAUGACGAAGAAUUGAACAAACUGUUAUCCGGUGUAACCAUCGCUCAAGGUGGCGUAUUGCCUAACAUCCAAGCUGUGCUGCUGCCCAAGAAGACGGAAAAGAAAGCUUAAAUCAUGAUCUGACAUCCAUCAUCCAAAUGGCCCUUUUCAGGGCCACAAAAUUUUACGACUGGAAUAAUCUCGUUUAGCAUAACAUUUUAUUUUCACAAAGUUUAAAUAUAUCCAAGCUCCCUUUCAUUACACAUUUUGAUCAUAUUAAGCUGACAUGUUUCAUUAUAUGAUAUAAAUAUUUACACAUUAGUACAUAAAAUUUUAACUGACGAUAACGAAAUAUGUAGUUUAAAAAUAUUUAAUUAUCGUAUCAAUACUUCCAUUAAAUACAAACUACAGAAAAAUAACUUAGCGAUGAAUCACAAUAUUUCUAUCGUCUAGUAAACAUUUUUGACAAUUAGUAAUUCUAUGUAUAUUUAUCAGUAGGCGCAUACUAUAAUACAGGAUUUAUUUAUGCGUCAAA